AUGUCAGAAGAUCUUCUUCCUUAUUCUCCAGAAGCGGCCGAUUCGUGCCAUUGGAAGGAAAAUGGAGUCGAAGAUGGCUUCGGAUUCCAUGAAUUCAAGGAAUAUCCGUAAGGUUUUGACGAUACUCAGAUUAUGUGUUGUUUCUUUACUUUCAAGAGCGAAUAUAGGCCAGUUUUAAGUAAAUAAUUAAUGUUUUACAGAGUAAAACAAAACAAGAUCAAAAACACGAUUCUGGAAGCCAUUGGGAGCACACCUUUAGUAAAGCUGAACAGAAUUCCAAAAGAAUAUGGAAUUGAAUGUGAUGUUUGUAAGUUUUUAAAAAUGACAAAAACUUAUUAUAGUCAAAAAGUACAUAGAAAACUGAAAAAUAUGAUAGUACUACAAUGUAGAUGUUGUUUAAUUUUUGCGAUAUCUUUGGCAACCAAUGAUACUUAAAACAAAAUUUCAGAUGGUAAAGUUGAAUUCUUGAACGCCGGAGGCUCCGUGAAAGAUAGAAUCGCUGUCCGAAUGGUCGAGCUUGCUGAACAAACUGGUCGUCUUCGUCCAGGAAUGACCAUAAUCGAGCCGACUUCUGGAAACACUGGCAUAGGAUUGGCUUUGGUUGCUGCUGUUAAGGGUUACCGUUGCAUAAUUGUGAUGCCGGAGAAGAUGAGUCACGAGAAGGUGAUCACGAUGAAGGCUCUGGGAGCUGAGAUUGUCAGGUCGAAGGACGAUGCCGCCUUCGACAGCCCGGAUUCUCAUAUUGGCAAAGCGUUCGCGUUACACAAGAAGAUUCCGAAUUCGGUCAUCUUGGAUCAGGUAGGUGUUUGAGGCUUGUAAUACAUGUUUGUUGACCAAAUGGUUCAAUUUCUGGUGCCUCAUCGUCAAUUUUCAGUACAUCAACUGUGGAAACCCGAUGGUCCAUUACGAAUCCACGGCCGAAGAGAUCAUGGACUCUUUGGAUGGACAGGUUGAUAUGGUUGUAGCUGGUGUAGGAACUGGUGGAUCUAUCACUGGAUUGGCCAGAAAAUUGAAAGACAAGGUACCAGACUGUAAGAUUGUUGGUGUAGACCCCAUUGGAAGUGUACUAGCUGACAAAAAGGACGACGAUGUUGGAGCUCACUUUGAAGUUGAAGGUAUUGGCUACGACUUCGUGCCUACUGUACUGGAUCUCAGCUCUGUCGACGAAUGGGUAAGAUAAUGGUGAUGUACCGUAAACUGCAUUGCUAUACAUUUUGGCACAUUGUAAAAUUUAUGUUGGUUUAAAAUUCUAACCUAUUCAUGAUGUUCAAUAUACUUUUUCAGCAAAAAACCGGCGACAAAGAGACCUUUUUGAUGGCCAGGAAGCUGAACAGGGAUGAAGGAAUCCUGUCUGGUGGUUCUUCUGGUGCCAUUCUUUGUGGAGCUCUUAGGGCCGCGAAGCCUUUGAAAAAGGGCCAGAAGUGCGUUGUGAUCUUGCCAGAUGGUAUCAGAAACUACUUGACCAAGUUCGCUUGUGAUGACUGGAUGGUGAAGAAGAAGUUCAUGGAGAAGGUCGAGAACGGAAUCUCCAUCUUCCCCAAGGAAACCUUUGAUAUCUCCAAGGUCUACGAUCCAGAAUCCAAGUCUGAUGCCGCCUUCCAGUCAAUUUCUGGACCAUGGCCUAUCAGUCAUGCCAGUCUAUUUCGGCCAAAGAUCAUGGAAACGAUCGAUGGAGCGAUCGGGAGAACUCCGCUGGUCAAGUUGAACAAGAUUGCUGAGGAAGAAGGGCUGCAAGCUGAAGUUUGUAAGUCAAUUUUAAGGUUUAAACAUACGAUAAUCAAAAAAUAGCUAGAAAAUUUCAAAUUUUGUAAAAGUUAGACAUUAAACUUUAUGUGAACGUUACUGUAACAUUGUAAUCUCUUUCAAUUUUAGUGGUGAAAGCCGAAUACAUGAAUGCAGGAGGUUCCGUCAAGGACAGAAUCGCUUUACGUAUGGUGCAAUUGGCCGAAGAAUCCGGAGUUCUGAAGCCAGGAAUGACUGUGAUCGAGCCGACUUCUGGAAACACCGGAGUCGGUCUGGCUAUGAUGUGUGCCAUCAGAGGCUACAAGUGCAUAAUCGUGAUGCCGAAGAAGAUGAGUCAAGAGAAGGAGGCUACACUGAAGAGUCUCGGGGCUGUCAUCGUCCGUACCGAGAACCACCAUCACCAUACUAGUGCGGAUUCUCACAUUGGCGUCGCUCUCCGACUUCAGAAGGAGAUUCCUGGAGCUAUCAUUUUAGAUCAGGUAAGGUUAUAUUUUCAAAUACAGAUGUGCAAGGUUAUAUUUAUCGUAAAUUUUGAUUAUGUUAUCUGUUAAAUAGGUAUCUUUGGCUAUUAGUUUUUACGAUUAUUUAUCUUGUUUUAGUACCGAAACGUGGCCAACCCUCUAGCUCAUUACGAAGGAACCGCGGAAGAGAUUCUUUGGGCUACCGACAACAAGGUUGAUGCCGUCGUUAUCAGUGCUGGCACGGGAGGCACAGUCAGUGGAAUCGCCAAGAGAAUCAAGGAAGCCGCCCCAUCGUGCAAAGUCUACGGGGUCGACCCGGACGGAUCGAUUCUGGCCGACCCAUCGUGCAGAGAAACCCACGGCUACGAGGUUGAAGGCACCGGCUACGACUUUGUCCCCGCCGUUCUCGACCGGUCACUGGUCGACGAAUGGAUCAAAACUAACGACCAGGACUCGUUCACAACAGCCAGACGUCUGAUCCGCGACGAAGGCCUUCUCUGCGGAGGAUCUUCUGGAGCCAACGUUUGGGCCGCCAUUCAAGUGGCCAAGAAGCUGGGCCCAGGAAAGAGAGUAGUUACAGUACUACCUGACAGUAUCCGCAACUACAUGACCAAGUUUGUGGAUGACGAAUGGAUGAAAUCGAAAGGAUUCCAAGUCUAG